GGGAGACUCAGUGGAAGUCUCUGUGGUUUGAGUUUACUUAAAGCCGCGUACAGGUAUUCUCACAUGCUUGCUCUCGCGGUUUGCAGCUAUUGGUUGCCGUUCAUUUCAGCCGAGCGUGAACAUGCAGAGACCUGACCGGGGCAGAAUCAUAUCACUGAGCGGAGCUGCUGCAGGUUGUGUAAGAGCAAUUACACAGAAGACAUAUGAGCAACAUGGACGAGGGGACGCAGAAGAAAAGAGAGACUGACGGUUACAAGACUUUAGAAAGGCUGUGAGACGUGAAGGUAUUCAUGCAACUUGAGACAUGUGUGAAGAGCUCAGAGGUGAAGAUGAAGGAGGAGGAGGAGGAGACGGAGGAGGAGGGGGAGGUGUAAGAGAAGGCAGGAGGGCAGGUACAACAAGCUGCAGAAAACCUGUAAUUAUUACCCUGCUGAGUUUACUUAGCUCUCUCUCUCUCUCUCUCUCUCUCUCUCUCUCUGUUUGUAUAGACUGAUAAGCUGAGACAGAAGGAGGGGGAGGGAAGAAGGGAGGGAAGACAGCUCAGCUAUAAGAGUGAAAAACACACAGAGGGGUGAGAAAGAAAGCCUGUGAUUGGGUUUCAGAGAGCAGAUAGGUGCAUGAAAACAGAGAAGAAGAGAAAGCUGAGAGACAGACAGAAAAAAGAGAGAGAGAGAGAGAGAGAGAGAGAGAGAGAGAGAGAGAGAGAGAGAGUGUGUUUAUAUGUGUGUGAGAGAGAGAGGAGGAAGUGUGCGGGGGUUCAGCUGCUGUGUUUGGAUCAUGUCUCUGAGUGGGAAGGUGGCUCUGGUGACCGGGGGGGCUCAGGGCAUCGGGAGAGCCGCCGUGCAGUCGCUCCUGCAGAGCUCAGCGAAGGUCAGUGUUGUGCAGUUCGCCUCAAAUUCAACUUUUUCCCGCUUUUACGACCUCUUUAUCCCUCUGCUGUAAACUCUUCAACUUCUCUGCUCUCUCUGUGAGUUACAGAAUAACUUUUCCAAACUCUUGUAUGACCGGCUCGGCUGUCGUCUCACCUGAAACACGACCUGUUUUGACCUCAGAGGGCUGCAACAAUCAGCUGUGGUGUGUCUCAUUCAGAAACUGUUGACUUACUUUUCUACAACUGAGCUCAAAAUCUGAACUUCUUUAAUAACCUGGGAAACUCAUUUUUUGGCGGUUUUGUCUCAUUUAUUUCUAUGGUUAUUUGAUCUCGAUGAUCACUCUGCUGGUUUCAAAUGUUUUAAGGUCAAAACAGGAUCUAGAUACAAGGACGAUUGUUUGAUUUUAUCUCUGUUACAGAAUAUCUUGUGAGAUAGAGACACGUGAAACCAAAGGCAGAGCUGCAAAUAAAUCCCCUUCAGCAAACGUCUGAAUUUAAAGCCACAGUAAGGAGUUUUAGACAAGCUGUAAAACAGACUGAAAUUGAUACUCAUGCCCUGAAAUGACCUAGAAAAGCAAAAAAGGUUAUCAGCAAUGAGGCUGACAACUUCUAAUUUGGCAUUUUCAACAUCUAAAACUGCAUUCUGGGUAAACUGGGCUGUUUCCUGGUUGACCUAUUAUGUCAUGUACCAAAACAAUCGACAAAUCUGUUAGCAAGAGGCUUAUGGGUUGUACUUUGAAAACACCAUUUUAUGUCCACUCUUCUUCUGUCGUUUUUUGUUUGCUAUCUGCGACACACUUGUGCCAUUGCAAACUGUAGAGCAUGCACACAACACUUUGAGUCUGAUUGAAGCGUGUACAUGUAAGAGAAAACGGAUCAAUAAAUGCUUUAUCGAGUUCAGUCCAGCGAUCAGAAGUUCGAUUAAGAGCGAUUUCAGUCAGUGUAACGUAUUUACAUGAAUUUUAAAAGUGUAGAAGUGUAAAAGUGUAAAAUGUAAGUGCGAUGUCAGACAGGCUCAGGUUGUUGUUUUGAGGGACUUUGUUUAACUGAGAGCAGCUCCAUUCAAGCCGCGUUAUUUUUAAAAACGGAGACAUUAACCAUCGUUUGCACCCUUCGUUUAGACGGAAAAUAAGAACUGGUCCCUAAAAAUGAUGGUUUUUAAAAACUCCAGCCGGGGUGAAGAUUUUGGAAAACUCCGUUUGCACAUUUGCAUGAAAAGAAACUGGAUUAAAUGUGACGUUGUUUCCAAUCUGCAGUCUAUGUUUACAUCUAUCUAUGGUGAUCAUGGAUGCAUGAAGAAUACCAGACGCAUUUAUGCUGGUGCAAUCCCUUUCUUUCUUUCUUUCUUUUUCUUUCUUCUUUAUUUAUCUCAAACUUUAAGAACAACAACAAAAACAACCAGAAACAAAAACACCAAAUAAAAUAAUACACAUGUAAACCAAACAACUGUACGUGUCAAAGAUAAAUUUACACUAACAUAUGUACAUGUCAAAAUAAACAGUUUGAGAAGGAACAGAAUGAAGCAAAAACCUUAUCUAGUCCCGCCUCUUCCUUGCAAAUAAGGGAUUAAAAAAAAAAAAUUCUAGUUGUAUAAAUUACAAAGAUCUGUAUAAAUACCUACAUAUUAAACACAAAGACAUCUGCUGUAGACUGGAUUUAGAAUGGACGCCGUCUGCCUCCUUGCUGGGUGAAGCCACUGCGAGAACAGCACCCUCUGGUGACGGGCUGCAGUAUAGGUCAUAAAUCCCGCCUCCUCCAUUAAUCCGUAUGGAGCUGUGGACAAAUUUUAGAAAUUUAUCACACAGAAUAUAAAUGUUUCUCCCCCCUGAUUGUGAUGUUGACGUGUAGUUACUGUCAGACUGGUUUGUGCUCAAGUCCUCUUUUUUCUGUGCAGCUCCAUUUUAAAAAGUUAUUAGAGGGUUCAUGUUUUCUAUGAUUGACACCUGAUACAGCCUAUGGGCGUACGAAGAUUACGUAGCUCACCUGAGAGAUACGCUGUUUGAGCCGAACGUCAUCACAGUGACUCUCCCACCAAAUGCGCACAACGCUACUGCUCAGCGCUGGUUUCAGGAAAUGAAGAAAAAUCGCAGAAAUACCGCGAGCUAUUCGGCUUCACAUCCGUUUACAGGCGGGAGGCGGAACCAAGUUGUCCAAAGUAUAUACAGUCUAUGUGUGCACUCAGUUUUUUUUGUAAACCGAGAGGGUGAAAUGUCAGUUUAUAAAAAUAGCCGGGCACAACAGCAGCACUCUGUGGGUCUAGACGUAUGCUUGAUGUGUGGGAGCAUCUCUUUCCUAACAUCUUCAGAUGAGGACAAACAUUUUCAAAAAUAACUUAAAAAAAAAACAUUAAAAACAUUGCAUGCACACAAAUCUGCAAAGGCAAUUGAAAACACAGGAGUGUGCACGCCGGAGACACCCACACGCCUGUGCAAAACAGAAAUCUUCGAAAGAGUAGAGCGUGCAAACUAACAGUGGAGUCAAAACCUGCAUCUCGUUGUAGUAGAAGCAACAAAUUCUGCAGAAUCAGCUUCUCAGUUUUUACUCGGCUGCAAACAAAUUUUACCCACAGAGUUCAACAGCUUUGAGGAAAUCAGAGUGAAAACUGAUUAAAAAAGAAAGCAUCUCUCUCUAAAACAAAAAGAUUUCCUUCAUGUGAAUCCUGACUUUGAAUAACGGCGGGGUGCACGGCAGCUUCAACAACCUGUUUCUUUGCAGCCAGCCAAAAUCAGCUGCUGAAGCAUUUCCUGUCUGGACUGUAAAUCAUUCAGACUAAUUGUGCUCAUGUGAGGCCCCAGUUUAAAAAAACAUGCUCUUAUCUUUUUAAUGACCUGUACUGCAUAAAAGCACAAACUUUAAAAAAAAGGGAACAGACAUUUGAAAGGUGAAGAAACAUGUAAAUAAGUCUCUGAGAUCUUGUUUCACACCUUGUGAAACUGCAGCAGCUUGUGGUCUGAAUGCAGCUGCUCACCAACGAAGUCAAAACAAAAAAACCUCACAAACCCCCAGAAAGAGGAAGUGAGAGCAGCUCAGAAACUGAAAUGUGUUAAAGAAAAACUUCUGCAGCUCUAAAUCCGUCCACUUUUUGUGUCUCUGUGUUCAUCUGAAACUCGCUCUGUGUCCCAGGUGGCCGUGGUCGACCUGAACAAGACCUGCGGGGAACAAUGCAAAGCUCAGCUGGACGCCGAGUUUGGAGAAGGAAACUGUGCAUUCAUCCCCUGUGACGUGUCCAACGGUGACGCUCUGAGAGGUAAAACCGUCUGUCGAACAAAGUCAAACUCAUUUAGAAGAAACACAGAUUUGAUAAACACGCUCAGUUUGCUGUGGAACUCCUACGAUGACACACUGAGCGGCACGCAGAAAAACGCUCACUCAUCGCGUACUUCCUGGAAAUGAUUGAGGAAGUGACUUUCAGAAAGAAAAAAAAAAAAGGUCGGAAACACGGAGACGGCUUUUUUCACACAUUAGAAAGCUUUCCUGGCGAGCGCUCUCUGAGUUCAGGACGACAGAUCUCAAAUCAUUCCUCAGCAGGUGUUUCUUCUUGAUUUACAGUCUCAGGGUUGUUAAUUUUACUCCACUUCCACUUCUUUUGCAUUUACACACUGAAAGUAGUAAUCUGUAUAUUUAUCUGUCAUGUACUGUAGACUGCGAGGAUGAUUCGAAGCUGUGAAAACACUGUGGUAAGCAGUUCUUCUACAGGAUGUGGCUGCAGGCCAAACUGGCACCACUAGUUUUGGUUUAGUUUUUAGUUUUUAGAGUUUAUCUGCAGAGGUCACCGUCUCUCCAAAACAAACAGAUGAACCACUCAAAGCAGAGUGAAAAAAACAACACAGAUGAAGCCUGACGAAUAUUAGAUUUAUGACUCAGCAACAACCAGAGUGUGCUCUCUCUCCAAACUGGAAAUCGACCAAACUCUCACACUCAGAUGUGACUCAGUAGUAAAAACACAGCGGACAACAAAUACAGCGAAGCUAAAUGUUAAAUGAAGCUAAAUGUUGCUUUUUGCAUCGAUUACGAUCACAAUUUCUGUGUAAGUCUGUUGUUUCCACAUAUCAACAAGUCGCUCCGCUGUUUCUAAGUAAAUUUAUACGUCAUGUUUAUUCUUGGUGCCACGGCUGUGUUUGUUUUUUCCCUUUUCCCUCUGCUUUCUCUCUAACCUGAUUGGCUAUCAUCAUUAGAAAGUCCUGAAAAAAGUUCAUUUUUUCCCAUCAUCUAAUUCAAAAAAUGAAACUUAAGGCCCUUACACACCGAGGCCAACGCAAAUAUAGAACGCAAAAUUAUGAAAUAUUCAGAGCCGAUUUUUGACGCGCUGGACUAUACUCAUCAAGCCCGUUGGGGUUUUUACGACUUUUCGGGGGGGAAAAGACGCAUCGGGGAAGACUUUUCCUGGGGAUUGUCCCGCCUCCUUCCCCUCUGAUUGGCUAGAAAAGCUCGAAACGUCAUCACACGCUUAAGCCAAACGGUCAGCACUUAUAGCCAAUCAGAGGCGAUAAGAUAAGCACAUGAAACUAUGGUAACAACUGUUAGCUUACGUUAGCACAGAUGAAAGUUAAAACACACUUUCGUCGCUAUGACUCUCCACAAGUCGUCCUUCAAGUCGUUAUCUUUGUAAUAUUUGUGUCUUUUAUCAAAAAUCACUCUGUUCUCCGACACGUAAACAAUCAUCGGUCGGCCAUAUUGGAUAUACCGGUGAAUAUGAUGUCACAACAACACGCAAUCUGAUUGGUCAGAAGUGGACACACAGAAUGAGAAACUUUAGAAAAAUGGACCGUGACCUGAAAAAUGGACCUGAGCUAGGGUGACCAUAUUCUGAAUCCCCACAAAAAAAGGCCUUGACUACGCAGGGGUGGAGUCACAGAGUCGUUAGUCACGCAUAGUAAAUUUUGAGAGUUUUCAGGUCGAGUGUUUUUGACUUGCUUCUAACUCAGUUAGUCCAGACGUCAUAACUUCAAAAAUUCCAAACAAACAAAACAACCCCGACAUUUGAAGGAUUUUGUAAACUACCCGGACAAGGCCGGAAAGACCCCCAAAAAGAGGACAUGUUAGCGUAAAAGAGGAGGUAUGGUCAUCCUACCUAAGCUCUUCCUUUCUUUUUUUUAAAUAAUUAAACCCAUCAUUUAAUUAGGAAACAGAUAUAAACAACCAAGAUGUGCAAAGUGAAAGGAUCAUAAUGUAAAAUAAUACGUUUUUUAAAUGUUUUUUGUCAGUGUUAAACCUGCAGAUCAGCCUCUCUGCUCCUCGAUGUCUAUAAAAAUGUCAAACACCAAAAUAACUUUGAUGUCGACCCUUCACUAGGAGUCAGUCUCUUCACUUACCUUCAGCUUUUCUUCUCACCUGUCGGAGCUGCUGUGUUUGUGCGAGUGUGUGAAAGUGGGCGUGUCAGGUGAGGAAGAAUUAAAGAGUGUGUGUGUGUGUGUGUGUGUGUGUGUGUGUGUGUGUUAGAGUGAGAGAGACGAACAAGGUCUCAUUGUCUGACACUGGAAAGUGAAUCCCUGCAGGCUAACUGCUGAGGAAUGCUGUUUGCUGUUGUUGCUAACGGUGUGAUGAAGCUGCUGUUGAUGUGGACGCACACUGUUAGCCUGAACGGAGCCAAUGAAAGCGUGCAUGUGCGUCUGUGUGGUCGUGGAUUAACUCUGCGUGUACGUGUUCAUGCGUCUCUGCGCUGGUGUGUGUAUUUCACGCUGAUGUGGGAAGCAGGUAUGUGUGUUUGUAAUUGUUGGGUGUCCAGGUGAGGAAUGCAGCAGCUGAUGACACACGCAGGUUUCUCCCCGUCCUGUUUUCUCCCUUCAGCUGUUUAUUCCAACGCCUCUGUUUGCACAACAACCUGCGGGAGCGCAAAGUUUGUCCCUUCACUCACACCGUCCACCGCACUGAAUCCGAACUGUCAACACGUCUGAAGUCAGUUUGGCAACGUACACAAAGAAAGCAAACACGAGGGCUCAGACUCAAAUCUUCCUCAUUGUUUGGGGAACAGUGAGAUUUUUUCUCCAAAUACACGUGGUUUUAAGUCCCAAACCUGAAAAUCCACUGUACUUUUUCACCUUUCACGCACGCACAGCACUUUUGAAACUCAUCAACAAGUUUCCCAAAAAUGCCGCAAAAGGAACAAAAAUGUCUUUGCAGCUAUUUUUGAUAUAAAAGUGCAGGAAAAAAUCCAAGCAGACAGAAAUAAUGAUGGUCCGUGUUUCUACCGUUCAUUCUAUUUUCAAUUUUGAAACGCAUGUCAGAAAACAAAAAACAGACAUCGGUCAACUGAUUGAAGGACCACACUGCGCCCAGGUAUUCUGCCUCUGGUUCAUCUUGUAAUAAUGCCUAAAAAAAUCCCUGUAAUUUUGCAUUUUUGAUUAACAUAGAUUGAAUUCUUCAUUUUUAUCUAUGAAUUUAAAGAAAUCCGUAACAGCAACACAAAAUCCAAUUUUAUGGCUGUAGAAAACGACUCUUGUUGGGGUUUUUAAACCUCCCGAAUAUAUUAAAAAAAAGAUCUGACUUGCGUUUCUUAAUAGAAAAUAGAACGAAUGAAAGUUACACGGACUGUUGAUAAUGUAAAGUCAUUUUUAAUCAUUUUCUCUUUUAUUUGAGUCCAAAUCAGAGUCAAACGCACUUAAGCAAUCUGUGCAUGCUCAAUAGUUUAUACGUCUGGAAGCUGACCAGCAUAACUGUCCUACAUAAUUGUUACAGAAAAAGAAAGGGCUUUCAAGAAGACCAAAACUUUUUUUAUGUAUUUAUUUGUUUAUUUCUAUUAGGUGAUGCAGGACAAAUCAUGACAGGUGGUUGACAACAUAUUUUCAGUGCAAACAGACAAUGGAGACAAGACAAAGGGCUCUAUUUUCGUUCCUCACCAGCGGCGUGGCGUAGGCACGGGGUAAGUCAGGUCCGCCGUACCAACAAGGCUUGCCCAAGCACAUUGUAGUAUUUUGGUGAGUGGCGCAGCCCGGCGUAAGUAUCCCCCCUCCCUAACUUAGCUCCUCCCAGCGACGUAAGUUGUAGAGAGGGAGGGGAUAUGGCGUGGAGUGGGUUUAACUCAGCCGAGACCUGUUUUCGCCAAUCAUAUCAGCACUGGAUAUUUAAUUUAAUGCAGUUUUAGCUGUGUGGAUUUGGUCAGGUUGAGUGUCCAAAGUGUGCCAAAUGCGCUCAUCAGAUCAGAUAUAGAUCUGAAUAUAUCUAUAGAUCUAAAAGUAUUUGCUGACUCAGAAUAUUGGUUGUUGUUGAUUAUUUUUUGCACUGAAAUGUGUCUGACUCUGUGGAAACCUGCCAGUGAGACAUCGUUGAUAUAUGCGCACUACGUCACCGGUCUACCAAAAUACCACUAGACCAGCUGCACUCCGCUGAAAGCUGACCAGGGUUCACUAUAAUCAGUAUCCUCUACAUGUGAAAACUCGCUGACUUCUUCCUCUUCCUGUCUGUAGAGAUCAUCAUACAGUUUGAACUUUCCUGUUGUUGGAUCAGGGAGCGAUAGUCGAUACGGUUAAAUGAUGACUUUGUGUUUUCAUUGAACAGAUGCAUUCCAGGCAACAGUGGACAUGUUUGGUCGUCUGGACGUCGUUAUCAACAACGCCGGCAUCAACAACGAGAAAAACUGGGAGAAGACCAUCCAAGUCAAUUUGGUGAGAUAAAAAUCAGGAAUCAGGGAGCUUUCACUUUUCACCGAGCUUUUCACAUCUUUAAAAGUUUUUAGUUUCUCUCUUCAGCCUGAUCUGACCGUCCAAUCGCUGAAAUCAAGCAUGCGGCUGCCAGCCAAUCAGCAAAUCAGUAAUAAAUUGGUACAAAAAAAAGCAAAUAAAAAUAAUAAAAAUCUGAGCUGUCAUUGUCAUCCGAAGCACAGCCAAUAAUGAAUCAGAGCAUGGCUAACUAAAAUCCAUCUGAUCAUGUUGAAAAGAAGCGUGUGCCCAGAUCGGCGCCAUGUGGCACUCCUUAUCAAACGUGCGUCUUUAUGUAACAGAGUUAGAUGCCAUGUCUUUGACAGGAGGAGGAAAAGGACACACUAUCUGAGCAGACAGGUAGUCAAAACAUUGUCAGAGGAAAACAGCUGGAAUGUAAUCAGGACGGGAUCGCAGGUAGCAAACAGAAGCGUGCAAUGCAGGUAUUUGUGUCACGCAGAAAAGUCGAAUCAGCUGCUGCUGGAUGUGUGUAUGCGUGUAAGUGUGUGCUAUCACCAGACAUAUUUAUUCAUCUACAGGCACAUAAAACAGAAAAUCAGAUUAAGCCAAGAUGCUUUUUUUUAACCGCAGCCCUUUGGCAAGACAUCCUGAUCAAACACGUUCAGGAAAGUUAGCAGACAAGCUAUCACAUCACCGAUCUUCUAGAAGCAGCAGCAGCGGCGGCGGUGUGCCCCAGAGGAUGACGGUAAAUACUUAUCAGGCAAAGAUACGCACUUGAAUAACUACCAGCUACACUUUUUUUUUAGAGCAAACUCACAAACCGAAUCAGCCCUCACAAAAUAGAUCUGUAAAAUAUAGAUGCUGACAUUUCUUGGUUCAUUACAACUCUGUCCCAGAGUCACAGUGUCUCUGUCGAUACUACGUUACAUGAAGCCUCCAUUUCCUGGGUUUGGUGACGUCAAUAAUCUAAAAUACAGAUGAGUAAAAAGUCAAGUUUUGUCAGGUGUAUGCCCAAGAGGAGUAAAAAAACAACUUUGAAAAGUUGUUUGGUCAUUCCUGAUGUUUUCAAGGAAGUCAGAAAAUGUGUUUGUGAAUUAGUUCUGCAGCACAGGAUCAACCAGAUCUUCAGCCGGAGUGUAAAUGUUUGAUCGAAGACAGACUGUUAGUUGAAAACGCUCACAAAUAUCUGUUCAUAGAGAGAAAUGAAUCAUCACCAGAUUAAUACUGAUAGAAGCCGAGAUGUGGUUUUGGUGUUUUUCCGGCAGACGUUCAAUUCUGCAGAUACCAAAGCCAAGUCCUAUGAAGAAUCUGAUAUAGAACUUAUCAUGCAAAAAAAUGAUCCUUUCGAACAGUUUUUGGUUUAAAGAGUAGGUUUAUAAAAAUGAAAUUACCUUUUUUUUUCUCUUUAUGCAGACAUGUUGGUGAACAAAAAUACUUUAUCCCUCCUCCUGUGUCAGCGUCUGCACUGACCUGUUUUUGUUUUUAAAUACUUAAAAGAACCACUUAAAUUAGUUUAUUUACAUCAAGACUUUUUGACUUUGUCAGGACUCAAUUAUAAAAUGCUCUUAUUAAAAUUAUGGCACUUGUCGUGUUAGGGUCGCUGUUGACCCAAUUAAAUCAAUAUCUAAUGAUAAGAGCAAAAACUAAAAUCAUAAGUGCACUGACAGUCAGAUUUAUUACUCAUUUCAAUAGCCCACGUUUUUCAUAUCUCACUUUUUCCUCUUCGGAUGUUUAUUAUAUUUAGUCUGUAUUUAUUGUAUAUAUUUAGUAUUUUUAGUUUUUUUAGUCUGCAUUGUACAUAUGUCUUAUAUUUAAUUUUCUUUUGUAUUUUUUUGCUGCUGUAACAUGAGAAUUUCCUAGUUUGGAUCAAUAAAGUCUAUCUACCUGCCUAUCCUCUUCCUAUUAUGUGAGAUUUAGGAAAUUCUCAUUUUUCCAUGUUUUUCGCACAAAAAACAACGUCGGCAUGUCCAGAGAUCAGUUCAGUAUAGAUGUUUGUGUGAGGGGUUUACUGACAAAGAAAGGUCCAGAGGACCACAACAAAAAAUAUUAUAAUCAAUAUUUUCAUGGAUAAUGAAGCCUAACAAGUUAACCUCGAGAUGAGAACCAAAAUGGAGGAUAGAGAAUUGUUUUUAGUCUAAUUUACAGCUGAUUUAAAACACGGGUCAAACCGACCCUUAACAUGGUGGGUGUGUAGUAAAAGCUGACACAGGAGGAAGGUUAAAUAAGUGAAUUGAAAGACUUUUUUCUAAUUAAAUUAAUGUAUUUAUUCGUCAAAAUUCCUGCACAAUGUACAUUAAUUCAUCUUUUAAUCACUUCUAUCUGCACGGCUGUCUGCGUUCAGAGCUGCAUGAGGAGCUGAAAACCUUUCAAGCUUCUUCUGUCAAAUUAGAGGCGUCUCUGUCCCUGAAAGACCCUCAGCUCAUGCGUCUCACAGUGCAGACCCUCCUCCUCCCCUCCCCUCCGCUCCCUCCGAGCUGUUUAGACUCCCUCAUCACAUCCUCUGACCUCCCCCUCAGCCUCUGCAGUGACACCACACCAAGCCCCGGGCUUUUACUACAACAUUCCUGCUGAGGAAAAUCCCAGCAGGCAGUAGAAACCUCCAGCAGUGAAAACAUGUCCCGUCUCCUGAUCUGCACUCGUAUCCUGGCGGGAUCGUUCACCGUAAUUUACUCAGAGCUUCAGCUGCGGCCGCACUUCUCAGUCCGGUUUGGUACUGGAUGCACCGUUUACGUGUCUUGAACAUUUGUUUUUUUGUUUUUGUCUCGUUUGUGAAGGAAAUUCCUCUUCAUCAAAAGACGUUAUCAGCUGGAGUCCCUCAGGGCUCUAUCUCAGGCUGUCAUCUCUUUUUUUUUUUUUCUUUGCUUACUCAUGCUCCCUCUCGGUGAAACCAUGAUUAGUCCAGCCGUCUCUCAAGAUCUUUGCUUAAGAAGUAAACAAAAUUCUUCACAAUAGCGUUAUGUAAAAUUCACAAACAUGUUUUAUAUUUCUGUAACUUUGCUGUCUUGUCAGAAUUGUAGCUGUUGACACUAACCUGUGAUCUGCACAUCACAGGGCUGCACGUUUGUCACUUUCAGUUUCAGGUAUACCGUCAGUGACCGUGCUGUUUCUUUGUCUUUCAGACCUCCGUGAUUAAAGGGACAUAUCUGGCUCUGGAGCACAUGAGCAGAGAGUACGGCAAGGAAGGAGGGACAAUCAUCAAUGUAUCCUCAAUGGCAGGUAACAUAAAACUCCUCAAUAUAGAUUCUUUUAUUUUCUAAGUGAAAUACAACAAGAAAAGUCAUCGAAUUUUAGUGAACAUGAAAAAUUGAUCUGAAUUUCUGUUUUUUAAAGACUUACCUUGUGAUUUUUAAAGCUUUGAUUGAGUUUCAAACACUGCGUCUUAGUUCCUCGGUCUCUCAUGCUGCAGGCGUCUCAUGGCCCAUAUUAGUUAUCAUAGUGGACUGUGGGUGCAAACACAAACUGUUCAAAGCUGAAAGCCGAUCUAGUGAUGCUAUCAUCGCUUUACAUGAUCGUCUGGAGCAAAGGACCUCUCGUGUCUCUUUCCUUUCUUGCAUCUUUCCAAGUGAGGGAAGCAACUUUAGGGAGUUUUAAAUCUUCACAGAGCACCCCCUACAGGUCAGGAGGUUUCUGUUACAGAGACUGAUCCAGUUUUCUUUCACCUUUAAAUUUCUUUCUCACUUCUGUUGGACACAAUUGAAUAUUUAUUUUCACUCCAAUGGUCUCAGGGUGUUUUCAUACUGCUGUUUAUGCUCGGUGAGACAGGUUACAGGUUACAAUAGAUGGAUUAUUGGUGCUAAUUGUCCUCUAAUUAUCAAAUCAAAUCAAACUUUAUUUAUAAAGCAGUUUUCAUGCAUGAACAUACAACAUAAAGUGCUUAACACAUGUAGAGGAAAAAAAAGAAGGAAAAGGGGAAAAAAAGAAGAAGAAAGAAAAGGAAAGAAAAAAGAAAGAAAAGGAAAAAAGCCAAAAAAAUUGAAAGAAAGAAAUAGAAAAAAGAAAGAAAAAGAAGAAAAAGAAAUAGAAAAAAAGAAAGAAAAAAGUAAAACAAAAAGAAGGAAAAAAUAAAUAGAAAGAUGAAAGAAAAGAAAUAAAAAUGAAAAAGAAAAGAAAAAGGAAAUAGCAAAAAAAUAGAAAAAAAAGAAAAGAAAAAAGUAAAGUAAAAAGAAGGAAAAAAGGAAUAGAAAAAAAGAAAUUGAAAAAAGAAAGAAAAAAGAAGAAAAAGAAAUAGAAAAAAGAAAUAAAGGAAAAGGAGAGAAAAAAGAAAGAAAAAAGAAACAGAAAAAAGAAAAAGAAAUAGCAAAUACAAUAGAAAAAAGAAAAGAAAAAGAAAUAGAAAAAAGAAAUUAAAAAAGUCAAAUAAAAAUAAGGGAAAGAGAAUAGAAAAAAAUAGGAAAAAAAUAGAAAAAGAAAGAAAAAAUAAAAACAGAAAAAUAGUAAAGAAAAAAAAGAAAAAAAAAAUUCUUAUGUGACGAGGACUUUCCUCUCAUCUGUAUUAGUUUUCUCUUUCUUGAGGGUCAAACUCCGUCCAUGUUAAUGCGCUCAUGACUUCCCCAUCUCACCGCUGAAACUCCUUUUUUCUGAUUUUCGCUCCACGGGAGUCUACAGUUUGUAAUUUGUGCUCCGUCUCAGAAGCCGCUCUCUGAACUCUCCCCCUGCAGAUUAAUGACCUGUCAGUAACUCACUUAAAGCAACAGCGCCUCAGGUGGGGCUGUGCUCCAGAUUUCACCUCUUUACCUGAGAAAAAAAAACUAUUUACAACACUUUUACUACAAUGUGGUUCGUCAGGACAUGCACCUGGUGUGAACUUUGUGCAGAAUAGGACUGUAUGAGGCGCCAAAAUAACCUGUGUGCCGUCAUUUUUAGCUGAUUUCUGAUAGAUUAAAUUAAAUUAAAAGUUUGCAGGAGUUUCACAGCGGUUGUGAGACAUGGAGUUUUUGUAAAAUGCAAGUUCUUAUUGCACACGUGCAUUAGUGUGUGUGUGUGUGUGUGUGUGUGUGUGUUUUGCAGGGCUGCAUGGUUUUGUUUGUAGAUUACAGAGGAAGUUCAGACACAUCGUCUUGUAGAUCUUGAGCAGUUCAGCCUAGAAACACGUGACAUAUGGAGAUCAUUAUAGAGUUAUCACAAUGGAGAUAACAUUAGUGUGUGUGUGUGUGUGUGUGUGUGUGUGUGUGUGUGUGUGUGUGUGUGUGUGUGUGUGUGUGUGUGUGUGUGUGUGUGUGUGUGUGUGUGUUUGUGUGUGUGUUUCCCAUUCCCAUAACAAAAAAGAGACUUGUCCAAACACGGCUGGGCAUAUUGUUUUGUUAUGGAAGGAACAUGUGUGUGUGUGUGUGUUUGUGUGUGUGUGUGUGUGUGUGUGUGUGUGUGUGUGUGUGGUGUGUGUGGUGUGUGUGUGUGUUUCAGAGAUCUUUUGAAGUUAAAUUCAGACCACAUGUUGCUAACUAAGUUUUUAUUUCUGCUCUCAUUGCGUCAUCUUUCAAAUAUCAGGCCAAUAAAGGAUGUGAGCGGCGUGCUGCAAAUGUCAGAGUCAUUUGUCGUUGCGUUGUUCAUAAUCAGGGAGCUACUUUUCUUAAAUACUCUGUCAACAAAGGUUAAAUAUGUUACCCUUUACCUCUCUUUCUGCUUCUCUGGCUCUUUUCUCCAGUCUUGAGUGUUAAUCAGAUAUUUCACACUCUUCAUGAGGCUGAAACUGUUGGAUAAGAUGUGGGGUACUGAUUCAGACAGAACUGAUUGGGGUUCUGGAGUCAAAGGUCAAAGUAAAAUCACUGAAUACAAUUUGGCCACAAUGCAGGAAUAAACUACUGAAUAAUCAGUGUGACACAAAUGUCUAAAAAUAAAACCAAAGCUGCCAAAGCAAAGUAGCCUCAAGAUCAUUACACACCGGUGAAUUAGUGAAGCGAAUAAUUUGCUUUUUUAAAAAACCUCAUAAAGUCAAUGCAAGCUUCCACACCAGCUACGAAUUUACGUAGAGUGAAAAAGUGAAAAAGUCCCGCCUCCUUUGCCUCUGAUUGGCUAGAAAAGCUAGAAACAUCAUCACACGCUUAAGCCAAACGGUCAUCACUUGUAGCCAAUCAGAGGCGGUAAGAUAAGCACAUGAAACUAUGGUAACAACCGUCUUGUCUUUGUGUUUAAAGUUUCAGUUAAAAGUGUUCCCAUAUAUCCUUAAAGCGGGUGUGAAGAAUUAAACACAGCUGUCACUCUCUCUGCAGAAACUUUUGUCCUGAAGAAACUUUUUAGUCCAAGUGAAAUUUAACUGUUCCCAAAAAGACUCGUCUUAGAGGCCAAAUUGGCCGUUUCAUCACCGAUCAUGUGUUUGCCAUAAACGGCGUGCUGUGAGUUUGGGUUUUGCUCCGCCGUGAUGAUGAUUGAAAGCAGCUGGAAGAGAAAAGAGCAAAGGGAGAAGAUGACUGGAGGUCAAAUGAGCCCAAUCAGAGGAUAAUUUGUUCUUAAAGCACGGUUCAAAUCCGGAGAUCUGCCAUUAGAGUUUUCCUGGAAAAUAAUUAUAGUUUGAAUAACAGAAAUCAAUUAUGUUUGUUUCAAAAUAAGAGCAAGUGAAGCACUGACAUUAAUUAUGUUUCUUUCAAAAUAAGAGCAAGAAAAACUGUGAAAUCAAUUAUAAUUUUUUCAUAAUGGGAGCAAGAAAAGCGCUGACAUUAAUUAUGUUUCUUUCAAAAUAAGAGUGAGAAAAAAACUAAAAUCAAUUAUGUUUCUUUCAAAAUAAGAGCAAGUGAAGCGCUGACAUUAAUUAUGUUUCUUUCAAAAUAAGAGCAAGUGAAGCACUGACAUUAAUUAUGUUUCUUUCAAAAUAAGAACAAGAAAAAAAACUAAAAUCAAAUGUUUAUUUCAAAAUAAGGGCAAAAAAACCUGAAAUCAUGUAUGUUUUUUCUUUUUUUUUCUUUUUUUUUAAUAGAAGCAAGAAAAACACAUUAAUUGUGUUUCUUUCAAAAUAAGGACAAAAAAGCACUGCAAUCAAUUGUCUUUUUCAAAAUAAGAGCAAGAAAUGCACUGAAAUCAAUUGUUUUUUUUUCAAAAUAAGAGCAAUUGACGCACUGAUAUUAAUUAUGUUUCUUUCAAAACAAGAGCAUGAAAAGCACUAAAAUCAAUUUUUUUUUUCAAAAUAAGAGUGAGAAAAGCACUGAAAUCAAUUAUAUUUCUUUCAAAAUAAGGGCAUAAAAACCUGAAAUCAUUUAUGUUUUUUUUUUUAUAGAUGCAAGAAAAACACUGACAUCAAUUGUGUUUCUUUCAAAAUAAGAGCAAGAAAUGCACUGAAAACCAAUUAUUUAUCUUUAAAAAUAAGAGUAAGAAAUGCACUAUCUAUUUUUUUUUCAAAAUAAGAGCAUGAAAAGCACUGAAAUCAAUCAUGUUUCUUUAAUUUACCAGAGUUUCUGAUUUCUGUUGUCACAUUUCUCUUUUCGUUUCUCUUCACUCUUUAUGUUUCAGCCUUCCUGCACUCUCCACAUCAGCCCGUCUACACUGCAACCAAACACGGAGUCAUCGGAUUCACCAGGGCGAUGGCGGUAAGACAAUACAAUGAUGUAACUUUAAGGAUAUUACAGGAUAUUCUACAGUGAGUUUAACAUUCAUGCUCCUGCAGGAUGCAUCGUCUCAGGGCGACUACGGUGUCCGUAUCAACGUCCUGUGCCCGGCAUUCGUGGACACUCCUCUGCUGCACUCGGUGGAACAUGAGGACAACAUGGGAAAGUUUGUCAAGUUUAAGGACGAUUUCAAACGCAGCAUGACCAAGUUUGGAGUUUUACAGUAAGUCCUCUUCAAAACAUGAUCGAUGAGAAUGGUUUCUUUAUCAGCUGGAUAUUAUUAGUAAGAAAGAUAAAAACACGACAGCUUUCUGCAGGAAUCAUUUCUACACCAACAAGGGGCCGCUGGAAAGCUGGCCAAAGAGAUCAAUUUUAUUACAGACCAGUUCAGUCUAAGAGAAGUUUGAUCUGCAUGUAUGUGGGGAAAAAAAAAACACCUCCCCUCAUGUCUCAUGUUCACAAAUGAACUCUAAAGGCAGGGGGAGCAUCAGCGAAGUCAUUAAUGGUGCAGAAGAGAGCAGGCGACAGUGACCGCACAUAUGAGACUGAUAUAAUCUGCAAAAGAGGAGCUGGGGUGGUGAGAGGCUGCACAGUGGGUUACAGAGGCAGCAGGAUGUGUGGGCAGACUAAAGCAGUUUAUAAAGAACAACCACACUGAUUUUACCGAGGUGGAUAUGUAGAGGGUCAUAUCAGCAAAUGCAAUCACAGGACUGAUUUUUUUACCCUCAAGACUCAUUAAUGCUCGACAUUAUAUCAAUUAUAUCAACAUUAUACUUCUGCAAGUCUAUGGAUGUGGACCAUACUUUGCAGUACCAACAACAACCAGCAGGGUAACUAAACUGUUAGCUCUGUGAUUAAGAGCCAUGAUACUUUGAAAACUUGGAGUCUUUGUCCACAUGUCAGGGGGUUUUUAUGACUUCACAGACCACCACUGUCAGCAUCCUUAAAGUCCCACUCUGAUCGUUUUACCACUUAAAGUGUCUCAGUGGUUUUAAAAUUGUGAUUAUGAAGUUUUUAAUGUUCAAUAAAUCAAUCAAACUUUAUUUCUAAAGCACUUUUCAUACAUAUAAUGUAGCACAAAGUGCUGUCCGUUCAUGCAGGAUAUUAAAAAACAGUGAAAUAAAAAAAAUACAAAUACAAAUACCAAACCCACCCAGCCUUCCAACCUCCAUUCAACACAUACAGCACUCACACACUCAGGUGAUGAAGCGUUAAGAGUAAAUUGAGUAAAAUAGUCUUAAAAUCAAACAAUAACAAAAAGUAAAUUGAUGUUUUCUCUGUUAUUUAAGGGAUUUUCUUCUGCAGAGUUUUAGUGACUCAUUAGCGAUUCUCCUCUAAGGAGGAGACAUCGCUGCUUUGCACACUCCUCUUCGUGUUCGCUUGUCGCCGAAUAUCGUCAGUGUAGUAGAAAUAGCAGGUAACAUCGGAGCUACUCAGGUCUGAGACACUAAUGUCUUUAGGGACAUGAUAAGAGUUAAUGUCAUAAUGCAGUCCUCUAACGCACACGUAUGCGCCGCGAUCAUCCUCUCUACUUCUCUGAGUCUGGCCUGCAUAGCGGGGCUCAGGGGGUGGAGCUUGGAUUUAUGACAUAGAAAAUCUCACUGUACCUGAACCUGCCGUUUGGGUCUGCCAGAGCAAUUUGAACACAGAAACACUCAGAAAUCCAAAUUCACACUUAUUUUUCUCAGAAAUGCCAAAUGAACAUGUAGACAACAAAAAAAACAAGAUUUUCAUCGGAGUGGGUCUUUAAAUCUUCCUCUGCAGUCAUAUCUACUGCAUCGCCACCAUGUUUGUUGUUGUCUGACGGUGCCAGACUCUGUCCCAUCCAAGCAGCGACCCCAGGUCUUGAGAAACUCAGCUGAUGCUGAAGUGCUAAAAGCUCCCAGAGUGUCCACUUUAGGCUGUCUGUGUACACACUGAGCCAAAAAAAGUCUGUUUUAAGAGCGAAAAUAAAGAUGUUUACAAUCUGGAUCAAAAAAUAGUUUUGGUCUGAAUAGCUCAGAACUCCCACAGCACCCACACACAUUUAUAAAUGACCAUAUAUGUGUCUCAUUCUGUGUAAUCUUGACUUUGAGACAGUUCACAUACACUUCAAGAGGGUCAAAGUUGUUUUUUUGAGACAACUCUGGGACAGUCUUUAAAAGCAGAUGAUACCAGGAGCCACUUUGUGCUCAAUUUUCACUGCUAAGAAACGUCACAAACACAGUAAACAGAACCAGCCCGAGGCAUAAGCAGACUGAGCGCCAUUAGGGGCCCCCCAAAGAGCAAUAAACAAAAAAAUUUAAUAUUUUUUUAUUUUUUGCAUGUAUGAGUGAUGCUUUCUGUACGAUCAAAUAUAUAUUAUUGUAAAAAUAAAAUCAAAUAAAAACGUUUAAAUCCUGCUGCUGAUGUAGACCAAAGCUUCGCUACCGUCAUGUUCCUCCUGCUGUGAAAUGUGCACUGAGCAUCUAAAGCGCAGGAAGUUGUGGGGCAAAACAAUGUCGCAAAAAAGGACAAAUCCUUCAGGAGCCGAGAAAAGAAAGAGGAAGAUGAGAAAAAACCCUAAGAUACUGGUAUGUUUACAGCAGUGUUGUUUACAUUGACGAAAAUAUUUCGUUGACACCCCUUUUUUUCCACGACGAAGACGUGAUGUUGACGAGCUAAACAUAAGUGUUAGAUGACUAAAAUGUGAUGAGACGAAUGUGCGUUUACGUCGACGAGACGAGACGAAAACGUUAGUGGUGGACGACGAACAGAGUUGCAAAAUCAUUUAAACGCUAAACAUAUAUUCUCGCAGACACAAAACAAUGAGCUCCGAGAGAAUUCAGUCAGAUUUGAUAUUCAACAAUCUGAGAGUUUAGUCUGAAUUUAGCCUGAAGGAAGAACAACAGGAGGGAGAGAGAGAGAGAGAGAGAGAGAGAGAGAGAGAGAGAGAGAGAGAGAGAGAGAGAGAGAGUGUGUGUGUGUGUGUGUGUGUGUGUGUGUGUGUGUGUGUGUGUGUGUGUGUGUGUGUGUGUGUGCGUCAGUGUUGUUUUCAUUGACGAUGAUUUCCUUAACGUUAUCGUCAACGAAAAGAACACUGGUUUGCAGGUCAUGGAAUCUUAAAGAAAGACAAAGAGAUUUGUGAAGGUGUUCGAAUGAUCAACAAUCAAUAUUAUUGGCAGAAAUAGAGGGCCCCAAAAUCACAUUUUACUUAGGGCCCCAUUGAGGCUUGGGCCGGCUUUGACAGUAAGUCUAUGAAUUCGGAAAUCUUUCGAGUUUAUGAGUCGUGCAAAAAGCCACCAGGCUGGAGUUACCAUUUACAAACUAGAGCUGAACGCUGUGUCUUUGUAGCUGUUGUUCUGUCCUGCUGUUACACUUCAAAAACAGACGUACACAGAUAUAACAUGAGGCUCGAGUUUUGUCUUUUCUCUCAGGGAACAUGACAGCUGUUGGUUCAGAGUCUCUCUGAGUGACACUGAACUAGAGUAAAAAAAUAUCUCACAGAGACUGGAGAUCAAACUCGUAGUAAAGUCCUCUAACUGUUUAUUUAUCGCUCGAGAGGAGUCGACGUUACAGGCUGAAGUGGUGCCGCUGCAGAGGAGGGAGGAAAGCUUUUAGUGUCACAGGAAGUUUAGGUCAGGUGGCUCUAUUUACACACUGACACAAACUUAGUUGAACUCGGUUAGUUGUUUUAUUUUAAGGGUUGGAGUCUGUUGAGGAAAUACAUCUCUAUUCUGAGUGUGUGUGUGUUUAAUGUGACGCUGACUUCCUCUGUGUUUGUGCGCAGGCCGUCGUUGAUAGCAGAGGGCAUGAUGAGGCUGAUCCGGGACUCCUCUCUGAACGGGGCGGUGAUGAAGAUCACCUGCUCGAAGGGAAUCCACUUCCACACGUAUGAGCCCAUGUCAGCCUGAGAGCGGACGCGCACGCUGCUGAGGAGCACGACGAAGGGUGAAAAUCUUCCCUCUGACUGAAAACAGCAGAAACAGGAUCAGGACGACAUCUGUCUGCUGCUGCAGGAGUUUUCAAAGGAGAUAAAAACGGAGAAAAACUGAGCUGAAAAAUGACUCUUCAUGUAAAUACACCUGUGCACCUGAGACUGUCACGGUCUGAUAUCAACUUUGAAAGAUAAAGUUUGAUGGAAAAUCACAGUUUUGAUGGUUGUCUUUCUCUAAAGUUUGUUUUUCUUACAGGAAAAAAACAACAACAACAUAAUCCUCCAUUUCAGACCCGACUGAUUCAACAUGCAGCUUCUCUGAUUGAACAGUGUUACAGUAGAGACUGUCACAGGCAUUAUUUAACAGCUGUUUUUUUUUUUUUUAAUGAUUUGUCUAAAAUAAAAACAUUUAGUGUGAAAGUCUUGGACUCGUUUGAAAAUCUAAAAUGCUGGUAGCCCUUUAAUGCCCAAAACCACAAAUUAUGGCUCGAAAAUUCAAUUAUUUUUCAUUUUGGAGCUGAAAUGUUUAUUUCACUUAAUACUGAAAACCAAAAAAAUCUAAAUUUCCUUUAAUUUACUAAAUAUAUUUAUCCUGUUUGAUACAUGAGAUGUUUUUGAAAACUCAUAAACUACAAGGGGACAUUUUUAUCAUUUUUUAGUAAUUUGUUGAUCAUAUUGAUUUGAUAGAAGUAUAUAAAGUAUGUAUCACAUAUGAUACAAAAGGCAUUAAAGGGUUAAGAUAUAUUUCAAAAAA